UGGAGUGAUUCUCGGUGGGAUAUUGUUACCGGACCUGUUCAAGGCCGUUCCGUCAGCGUUUUCAGACGCAAAGGGGUCGCGGCUGCUGGUGCGGAUCUUCGGUCUACACUUUUAGAGGUCACAGCAGCAAAAGAUGAACGGAACCGUGUGGAAGAUUCAGAGCUUUGGGAGAGAAUCCCACUUAUUCUGCAGAGAUCAAACCCAGGGCAGGACCUCAUGCUAGAUGGCAUUCUACUGACUACCAGCCGGCCCUAUAAAACAAAGCCCACUCAUGGGAUUGGAAGAUAUAAGCACCUAAUUAAAGAACCAGAGUCCAAGAAGAAGAAGGGAAAAGUGGAAGUGAGACCCAUUAAUUUGGGGACAGAUUCUGAAUAUGGGGUUUUAAACAUUCAUUUAACUGCAUACGACAUGGCCCUGGCAGAGAAUUAUGCCCAGUAUGUUCAUAACCUCUGCAACCAUCUCUUCAUCAAAGUCGAGGAAAGUUAUGCGAUGCCCACUAAAACCAUGGAGAUAUUGCAGGUGCAAGACCAAAGCAGCAAAAUGUUCCUGGACUCAGUCCUUACUGUCCAUGAGCGAGUGGUUCAGAUCAGCGGUUUGAGUGCUACAUUUGCAGAGAUUUUCUUGGAAAUACUCCAAAGCAAUCUUCCUGAAGGAGUCAGAUUGUCAGUAAGGGAGCACACUGAAGAAGACUUCAAGGGAAGGUUCAAAGCUCGGCCAGAACUGGAAGAACUGUUGGCCAAGUUGAACUAGUUAUUGCAAUUAUUUCAUGCCCCAGCACUGGUGAUAUUGAGUGCCAAAGAGAAGAGUUUCCAGAUUGUCAGGGUUAAGCAGGAGACCCAGACCCUUAGAUUUCAUAAGUACCCAUUCUCACAUGGAAGAGUUCUUCCUCUCCUCUGUAGCAUGGCUGCACUUGCCAGCUGUUACCACAUAUCUUUGUGAUAACACAGGGAAUCCUCUAAUAAAAACAUGCUACUGCUGUU